GCGGCGCAUUAAAAAGGUGCAAGAGCUCAUCUCACUUGCCAGUGUGUGCGUGCUGCGGGCAGGCGUGAAGGUCAGACGAAUCGCCAUGGCGCUGGUGUCCGAGUUCCUGGGUCAGCUGACGUUGUCGUACGGCGAGGAGGCGGAGCCUACUUUUCCCACCGUGGUCGCCUACCGGGACUUUGAUCCCAUCAGUGACGCCGCACGACUGGACGCCGCCCUCCGGACCAAAGGGGUGGACGAGCAAAGCAUCAUCGACAUUCUGACGCGGAGGUCGUACGAGCAGCGGCGCGACAUCGCCUUUGAGUACGAGCGCCUCGCCAAGAAGGAUCUGCAGACGGCCCUGAAGGGGGCGCUGUCGGGAUCGCUGGAGGCGCUGAUGCUGGGCCUGAUGAAGAGCCCCGCCCAGUACGACGCCCUGGAGCUCAAAGCUGCCAUGAAGGGUCUGGGAACCGACGAGGAGACGCUCAUCGAAAUUGUCUGCUCCCGAAACGAGCGAGAACUGUCCGACAUCCAAAAAGUGUAUCGCGAAGUGUUUAAGAAAGAGCUGGAGAAAGACAUCGCAGGGGACACGUCAGGAGAUGUGGCCAAGCUGCUGCUGGCUCUCGUUCAGACCAAACGAGAGCGGGCUUCCAACGUUGUCGACUACCAGAAGAUCGAUGACGACGCCAAGAGCCUCUACGACGCUGGCAUGAAGCGCAAAGGGACUGACGUGGCUGUGUGGAUUUCCAUUCUGACGCAGAGGAGCGCCUCCCACCUGCAGAGAGUCUUCGAGCGCUACAAGAGCUACAGUCCGUACGACAUGAAGGAAAGCAUCCGCAAGGAAGUCAAAGGGGACCUGGAGAAAUCUUUCCUGGCCCUGGUGGGGUGUUUGGAGAACAAGCAGAUGUACUUUGCCGACAGACUGGACGAGGCUAUGAGGGGCAAAGGCGCCAAGGAGAAAGUUUUGACUCGGAUCCUGGUGUCUCGAUGCCAAGUGGACUUGAUGAAGAUCAGAAACCAGUUCAAGAAGCGACACGGCCGCUCGCUCUACCGCGCCAUCAGCGAGCAUACCAAAGGUGACUACCAGAAGGCUUUGCUCAGCUUGUGCGGAGGAGAUGACUGAGCCCGGUCAACGUCUGCGCGUGUGCUGGAUGACGGCGGGAAACACACACAAAGCCAAAAGUGCGCCGCACGUGUCCAUCAGACAUUAAAAGAUAGAUGCAAAG